AUGACGCCUCACCGUGACCGUGCCAAUUCUCAGAGUAAUACUAGAUCCCCCGAGCCGAAUCCUAGCCAAUCAGAUUCACAAGAGACUAUCUCCGACCCACAAGUCGCGACAUUCCGAGCUAAGCAGGUUAUUCAGUCACCUGACCAUGUUCGAGAGAGACCUUUCCGUCUUAGUCUGCAGAAGAAAUCAGGGAUUAUAGAUAUUGAGAAGGGUGAUUCAGCAAAAACCAAAGGAACGGUUAAUCCUCCAUCGGCAAGGAAAAGCUUACCUUUUGAUUUGGGUGCUCCUUCCCAGCUCCACUCUCAAUCCCCAGGGAAUGAAUUAUCAACGGGUAUACACCAAGAUUUGAUUGUUAUGAUCAACAAAAACUGGUAUCAGCAGACUUUGGAGGAGGAAGAAGCUGAACGACAAGGAACUCCUCUGGAGGAUAGGUUUACCAACCUUAUCCGAAUAGAGGACCCAGGCUUCAUCACAAAUCCCCUAGAAGUUAUUACUCGGGAGCCUCAAACUACAAAUUCUCACCAUUCGUCUGUCCUAGUUGAACCAGUCCCCACAGAAACUGACGAGUUUCUUCAGGAGGUGGAUAGGGAUGCCAUGGAGUGGGACAAGAACUAUGAUGAUUUAGAUAAAGUAGAUUUGGAAUGGACAGAGGAAGAUGCAGAUGCCUUUAGAGAGGCAGUGGCAUCCGAUUGGGAUCCUACAAAUAUCGAAAUAGAAGAGGAGGAUCUGUUAGGAGGUGAAGUUCAAACUAACGGGGAGGAGAAGGGUGAUCUGGUGACGAUACCUUUGUUGGAUCCCACAAAGUUCGACGAGGGGAAUAGCAGUCGACCUCCUCUCCCUUCUGCUGGAACAGGCCGAUCAAAGGGCCCAAGCAAAAAGAAGGAGAACAAAAACAAAAAGAAAGACCAAAAAAUUAAAGAUAAGGCCCAAUAUGGUGGGCUUCUGGAAAACCAAGGAGCAGCUUCAAGAAAAUUAUUAAAUCUACGAUUUUCAAACUCCCCUAAGUGUCAAAGCACAAAUCCGAUUUCUGUGAAAUUGAGGAAACCACGUCCUGGAUCCACUCCGUCAGGCAGUGAGGGAAACCACUGGCACCAAUCAGAGACGACUCUGGAGGAUCGACAAGGGAAAAAUGAUGUUGGGGAGGGGGAAGGUGAUCCGCCCAUCAUCGCCAAAUGA